GUCAAGAUCGCACCUCAUUUUCGUUGUGUUGCUUUCAAAGGCCGGUUUUCUUCUCGCAUUCGUUUCCUUGCUUCUUUGUAUAAUAUGAGUCCUUCCGAUAGAGCUCCCGUGGACGCUGGUCCUAUUUCACGCGACCCCACACCCGUUACAUAUGACGAGCGGAUUCUCGACCCGAAGCCGACAUGUCCCUCCGAUACCAACUACGACGAUGCCGAAAAGGGCCGGAUACAAUGUUCAGAUUCAAUCCAACCACAGAGCUCGUCGACCUCACAUCCCUAUCAACCGUCUCAUUCGGAGAAACCAGGUUCUUCCCAAAGCGAAGACCAAGCACCAACCACUACUCCCGACGAAAAUACAGUCUGGUGGGAUGGAGACGAUGACCCGCAAAAUCCCCAGAACUGGACGAAGCUUCGCAAAUACAGCAAUUGCCUCUUGAUCAGUCUCCUUACUUUCAUCGAGCCUCUCGCCUCGUCCAUCUUCACGCCAGGAGUCCCUACUCUGAUGCGUGACUUUGAGAGCAGCAACACGGAACUAGCAGCAUUUGUCGUCUCCGUCUAUGUUCUCGGGUUCGCGUUUGGUCCCAUGGUUCUGGCUCCGCUUUCCGAGAUGUAUGGUCGUCUUCCUGUCUACCACGGCUGCAACGUCCUGUUCCUCGCCUUCACCGCCGCUUGCGCCGUGGCGCCCUCGCUCGAGUCUCUCAUUGCUUUCCGGUUCCUGGCGGGCACUUUCGGAGCUGCACCCAUGACCAAUGGAGGCGGCAGUAUCGCCGACAUGUUCAAGCCCGAGGAGCGUGCCGCCGUCAUGGCUGGACUCAGCAUAGGUCCCUUGCUGGGUCCCAUCAUCGGCCCUGUCAUUGGCGGUGUCCUGACCGAUGCCAAAGGAUGGCGGUGGGACUUUUGGGUUAUUACCAUCGUUUCCGGAGCGAUUGUUGCUGGCAUGUUUUUCAUCAUGCGAGAGAGCUAUGCGCCAGUUAUCCUGGAGAAGAAGGCGAGGAGACUACGGAAGGAGACUGGGAACACACAGCUCCGCUCCAAGCUCGAUGACGGACUCUCCUCCACGGAUCUAUUGAAGCGAUCAAUCGUUCGGCCCAUGAGGCUUUUGCUUUUCUCUCCCAUCUGCACCAUUUUUGCCGUGUACCUUGCUGUUGUAUACGGCUAUCUCUACCUCCUCUUCACCUCAAUAACCUAUGUUUUUGAGGACAUUUAUGGUUUCAACACAAAGACCGUCGGGCUCGUUUAUCUGGGACUCGGUGUCGGGUGCAUGGCCGGAAUGGGUUUGUUCGCAUGGGAUAGCAGCAGGGAGAUCAAAAAGAUGGCUAGUACAGACGAGAUGAAGCCUGAACUUCGUCUCAAGUUGUUGCCCGCAGCAGCCGUUGUUUUCCCCCUUGGUUUCUUCAUCUACGGAUGGACAACAGACUACAAAACACAUUGGAUGGGCCCAAUUGUUGGACUUGUCCUUAUCGGCAUCAGCAAUUUGAUAUGUUUCAUGACAAUCUCCGUGUACCUAGUGGACGCUUACGAGCGAUACGCUGCCUCGGCCCUUGCAGCGAACACCAUUUUCCGAUCGAUCGCAGGAGCGCUUUUGCCUCUCUGCGGCUUGAGGAUGUACGACGUACUUGGACUGGGCUGGGGAAACACCAUGCUUGGCUUGAUCGCGGUGGCGCUCAUUCCCAUCCCCUUCCUCAUUAAACGCUUCGGUGAGAAGCUCCGAAAGAAGUACGAGAUUACCGAUCUCUGAAUUUCCGUCUUUUUUUGUUCCAUGUUGCAUAUAGACCGUUAUUAGCUACGGCGCACGACGAGUAUACGCUACUUUCUGCCCAGCUGGUAAUGUGACAUAUUUGAGUUUAUAUUUCGCAUCGCUCUUAGAAUAUGGUUGGGGCUUGGUUCUUUUUCUUGGACACAACUACAAGAACGCAUUUGCAUUGUAUCUCAUCUCACCGAGAAGUGGUCUGCAUGACCAACUCCGAUCAUUACCUUCUCGAUGUACAUAUCUAUGUAUUAUUUAUUAAUAGAUCUUGGCCAUAAAUUGGUUCAGGUAUUAGGGGGAUCCAUC